GAGACUGCUCCUAAAUCAGUUCUCUCCACCAUUUUUCUUUCUCUUUCUAAAAGUCCCACACCCUCUUUCACCAUUACACCCCACCGAGGCUCCGCGGGCUUUCCGUCGUCCCUCGGUCUCCGUACCGCGCGGGGGAAGUGGUCGGUGGUGGUCGCGGUCACCGCCGUCGUGAUGGUUCUCCUGACUUUGGCCGUCGCGGUGCCGCUUCUCCUCCUGCGCCCAUCGGAGACCUCCGCCCGCUACUACGAGAUGAUGGGCACCUGUCGGAUGGUGUGCGAUCCGUACACCGCCAAACCACCGGGAGCCAACGGGGAGGAGACCCAGACUGUCAACGGCAUCGCGCCGCUGCCACCCAUGGCGCAAGGGAGCCGCGGGGAACCGGGGCGCCCGGGCAAACCGGGAGCGAGGGGCCCGCCGGGCGAGCCGGGACCACCGGGUCCGAGAGGACCACCGGGGGAGCGCGGCGGGAGCAAGCUCGCCUUCCCGGCUUUAACGCCAACAGACGGCGCAAACUCAACCACCGGAACCAGAGUGGCGUUUUACGUCGGCUUGAAGAACCCACAUGAGGGAUACGAAGUGUUAAAGUUUGAUGACGUCAUUACAAACUUGGGGAACCUCUACGAUCCGAGCACCGGGAAGUUCACCUGCCGCGUCUCCGGGAUCUACUUCUUCACUUACCACGUGUUGAUGCGCGGGGGAGACGGGACCAGCAUGUGGGCCGACCUGUGCAAAAAUGGGCAGGUGCGAGCCAGCGCCAUAGCUCAGGACGCGGACCAGAACUACGACUACGCCAGCAACAGCGCCGUGCUGCACUUGGACUCGGGCGACGAGGUGUACGUGAAACUGGACGGCGGCAAAGCUCACGGCGGCAACAACAACAAGUACAGCACCUUCUCCGGCUUCGUCUUGUACCCCGACUAGUCGUCGCCGCACAACUUUGGACUCUUCCCACGCGACUGUUUUGCUUCUAAUGUCUUGUUGUGUCCCUCGAAACACGAGCUGCUAUCGUUUAAGUCAACUGAUGGACAGCUUCCUCACGAGCCAGGUGAAUACCAUACCGUUCUUAAAGGCUGGGACGGAUUACCGGCGCGUGAUAUUCCCAACAUCAGUCGGAUAAGCUUAUGAGAUCUGGCUGUUAAGACCUGGUCAUAAGCAGCAGCUUUUCAAAGAACGGAUAUAUCAAGUCUUGAUAUUCUGAUAUGAAGCCAGCCAUAUAAAUAUAAAUUGGUCUAUUUAGCAAAAACCUCCAGGAAUGACAAAUUCUACCAAUCCUCACAAACUAUACACAUCCUCGCUAUUUCCCCUGCACAUUUCGACCAAUUAUUGUCAUUUUCCCUCAUAAAAUCCAAUCCAAUCCAAUCCACUUUAUUUGUAUAGCACAUUUAAACAACACAAAUGUUUCCAAAGUGCUGCACAACGAUAUUAAAAACAAUAUUCAAAUGUUAUCUUUAGCUCCACCAAUGACUGAAUAAAAACCAAAAAAAUAAAUAUAAAAACAAUAUAAAAAUAAAUAUUAAAAACGAUUUUAAAGGGUAAAACCAAUUAAAACAAUAAAUAGAAAUCAAAAUAUAAAAACACAGAGGACCACACAAGUCACGUAGUGUUAAAAGCCGGAGAAUAAAAGUGAGUCUUAAGACGGGACUUAAAACACUGCACUGUGGGAGAAGUUUGAACAUGGAGGGGCAGAGUGUUCCAGAGCUUAGGGCCGACCACAGAGAAGGCCCUGUCUCCCCUGGUUUUAAGUCUGGUUUUGGGCACCACGAGCUGGAGCUCGCUCUCGGACCUCAGAGCGUGUGCAGGAGUGUAAAUUUGGAUGAGGUCCGAGAUAUAAUGAGGUGCCAGUCCAUGUAAAGCUUUAAAAGCAAACAGCAACAUUUUUAAAUCAAUUCUAAAAUGAACAGGGAGCCAGUGCAAAGUCUCAAGAAUUGGGGUUAUAUGCUCGCGUUUCCUGGCCCCUGUUAAAAGUCGUCCUGCCGCGUUCUGGACUAACUGCAACCGGGAGAGAGCUUUUUGGCUAAUGCUAGCAUAAAGUGCAUUGCAGUAGUCCAGGCGACUUGAAAUAAAAGCAUGCAUGACUUGUUCAAAAAGGUUAAAAGAUAAGAACGAAGAUGAUAAAAACAAGAUUUUAAAACGCCAUUGACUUUUUGUCAAGUUUAAAAUCACUGUCUAUAGCAGAC